UUGGGGGAACUAACCCGUGUGACCGUCGUGACAGUCUUUCCUAUUAAAUAGUUGCUCCAGCCCUCCUCUCUCUUGCCUUCCCUCACUUGUUCGUGGACCUUCCUCUACAAUACCCCAUACCCCCAAACACCAAUUCCCCCACCAACUACAUACACCAUCAUGGCCACCGCACAAGACACAGGUUACUCAAACAACCUGGCAACAGCCCAUGUGGCCCGGCCAUAUGGCCAGCCGGGCGCCGUUCCCCCUUAUGAUGGAUCCGAUUCCGACAAGAUCGAGCCAGGCCAGAAGACCGAUGCGGAGCUGGCAUUGGAGAAAGAGACUACCUUGCAUGAGGGCGAGGCCAAAUUCCACAAGUUGGGAUGGAAGCGACUGACUGUCUGUUUGAUCGUGGAGGCCAUCGCCCUCGGCUCGCUCAGUGUACCCAGCGCAUUCGCUACAGUGGGAAUGGUCGCUGGAGUUCUCCUCACUGUCGGACUGGGGUUGAUCGCAAUCUACACUAGUUACGUCGUCGGCCAGGUCAAGAUGCGCUACGCGCACGUGUUGCAUUACUCAGAUGCAGUCGAGCUGAUCUGGGGUCGCUUCGGCAAAGAACUUACGGGUGCCAUGUUUGCCUUGUUCCUGAUUCUCCUCGUUGGAUCUCACGCUUUGACCGGAACUAUUGCCUUCAUCAACAUCGUCGAUAACUACAAGAUUUGCGCAUUGGUCUGGGGCGUGGUUUCUGGCAUCAUCCUCUUCAUCCUUGCGUUGCCGCCAACCUUCCACGAGUUCGCCAUCUUGGGAUACAUCGACUUCGUAUCCAUCAUCGCUGCCAUUCUCAUUACUAUCAUCGCAACCGGAGUUCAAGCCAGCAAUGCUCCUGGCGGUCUCGCAGCCGUUCCCUGGUCAGUAUGGCCACCGGAGGGCGUGACUUUCUACCAGGCUUUCCUCUCUACUACCAACAUCAUCUUCGCCUACUCUUUCGCCGUCUGUCAAUUCAGCUUCAUGGCUGAGAUGCACACUCCUAAGGAUUACGUGAAGUCGAUCUGGGCUCUCGGUCUGAUCGAAAUCUUCAUCUACACCAUGACCGGCGCCCUCAUCUACGCCUUCGUUGGUUCCGAUGUUAAGAGCCCGGCUCUCCUCUCCGCCGGCAGCACCGUCUCCCGCAUUGCCUUCGGUAUCGCACUCCCCGUCAUCUUCAUCUCCGGGUCCAUCAACGGCACCGUCGUCGCCCGCUACAUCAUCGACCGCGCCUUCACCAACUCCCCCAUCCGCUUCAUCAACAACGCCCGCGGAUGGGCCGUUUGGACUGGACUCCUCGCCGUCAUCACCAUCAUCGCCUGGAUCAUCGCCGAGGCCAUCCCCUUCUUCAACGCUCUCCUCGGCCUCAUCUCCAGUCUGUUCAUCAGCGGCUUCACCUUCUACUUCCCCGCCCUCUUCUGGUUCCAGCUCAUCAAGAAGGGCAAGUGGAACUCCAGCCCCAAGAACAUCGCCCUCUCCGUCCUCAACGCCAUCGUCUUCUGCAUCGGCGUCGCCGUCCUCGGCUGCGGCACCUACGCCAGUGUCCAGGACAUCAAGACGCAGUACUCCUCCGGCGCCGUUCGCGGAUCCUUCACCUGCGACGCCAACUCGUACGCUUAGGAUCCUCCUCCUCCUCCUUCUUCUUUUUUCCUUGUAUUUCAUGACGCGCAGCAAUACAUCUAUCUAUCCUGAUGAAACGAACCAACGAAGCCUCGUGAGCGUUUUCUUUUCCUCCUUUUCUCCUCCAUCCACAUCGCCAUCAAACACCAUCGCACACGCCUGCAUUGCACGGCCAGCGUAUUUUUCUUGUAUCAUUACCCUAUUAGGCAUUUCUAGAACACUCAGCGCCCUUCUUUUUAGCUGCUAGAAAGCGGAUUCAUCCUCGCUCGGGAUGUGUAUAUAUGUAGAUAGAUGAGAGCAAAAUCAUUUUCCAUUCAAUUACUCUUUUGAU